GCGCUCCGCUCAGGAUGCUUGAUUGUAGGUGAUGAUGGCGGAAGAGGAGCUGCGCUGAGUUUUCUCCCAGUUUUUUUUUUAAAUAGACCCCUACAAGACGCUCGUCAGCAGAUCUCGUCUUUCUCCUCCGUCUCACUCAGAGGGACUAUGGGGAACGAAGCGAGCCUCGAAGGAGAGGGCCAGCCGGGACAACCGGGAGGCGCUGUCCCCGCGGCUGGAGCCCCGGCUUCCAUUUCAGCACCAGCGGGCGGCGGACAGCUCCUCAAGCCGAGCAACGGAGCGCCUGCCGGGGGAACGGGCGCCGGACACGGCCCGGCGAUGAACAGUAUCCAAGGCAAACCUAAUCAGACAGACCCGAGCAUGGGACCCAAACCUGGGGGUCCGCCGGGGGCAGGGCCUGGUCCCGGAGCGCCGUCGCAGCCUCACGCACCCGCUCAGGGUCAAGCUGCACGGAAGAACCUCCAGGUGGACGUCGGGAGCAGCAAAGGUGGACAACCCGUCUCGCCCGGAAGCAGCGCUCCCACCUCACCCUAUUCUUUGCCCCAGAUUGCACCCAUGCCCAGCAGCAAGCUCUGUCCGGUGUGCAAGACCGCAGAUCUGACGGGCACCACAGACGGCCAGCCAAACUGCAAUACAUGCACACAAUGCCGCUCCAUGGUGUGCAACCAGUGCGGAUUCAACCCCAACCCUCACCUCACUGAGGUGCAGGAGUGGUUGUGUCUGAACUGUCAAAUGCAGAGGGCAUUGGGGAUGGACAUGGAGACACCACGGUCGAAAAGCCAACAGCAGAUCCAUUCGCCAUCCCAGCCCAGUAAACCUCCUCCCCAGACUGUAGCCCAACCCACACCGCCCCCACAGACCCCACAGACCCAGACCCAACCCCAACCCCAACCUCAGUCCCAACCUCAGUCCCAACCUCAGUCCCAGCCUCCCCCAGAAGCUAAGAAGCAGAUCGUCCCUCAAGCUACCCCUCAAAGCAAACCCCCAGCUCCAGGUGCCGUUCCACUUCCAGGCAUGGCCAAAGCCCCAUCCCAGCCUGACCUAUCCCGUUCUGGCCCCGGAUUCCAGUCUCAAGCCCCGCGACAUGAUCAGACUCGCAGCGCUGGAAGUUCCCCAUCCCGCCAACCUCCUCCGCCAGAACAGCCCUUUGGAAAACUCUUUGGUUUCGGCGCUUCUCUGUUGAACCAAGCCAGCAGUUUGAUGUCUGUAGAUCCGGUGCAAACUGCACCACCAGCCCAACCACCUUCCUCCCCCAAGCCCCCGCAGAAGCAGCCGGGGCCCCCCGGGCCUGGUCUGGGUCCUGCAGCAGGUGCUAAACCCGCAGCCCAGCCAGGUCCACAACGGCAGGAAGUUUCCUCAAAGCCCAAAGUGUCCUGCCCACUGUGUAAGACUGAGCUAAACAUUGGAGAUCCAGCCAAGAGCCCGAACUACAACCUCUGCACCCAGUGCCACACCCAAGUCUGCAACAUGUGCGGAUUCAACCCUACACCUCACCUGACCGAGAAGAAAGAAUGGCUGUGUUUGACAUGCCAGACCCAGAGAGCAAUGUCAGGGAGCUUAGGGGAUAUUCCUCCUCCUGUGCCAUCAUCCGUUGGAUCUCCCCGACUACCGGGUCCAGCCAAUCAACAACAGCAGCGAGGGCCCAGUCAGCAAGCUGCGCUGAGACCUACCGGUCCUCAGCAGCAAAAGCCACCUGGUGCCCAAGAUUCCAACAAGUCUAGCACACAAAGCCUGAGUGAUACAGGCUACUCCUCUGAUGGUAUAUCCAGCUCCCAGAGUGAGAUUACUGGCUUGAUCCAAGAGGACUCUAUGAAGCUUAGUGAGAGGGGGAUUUCUGACCAACGCAGCCCCCCAAGUCCAUCUGAACUAACAAAACUGGAAAGUUCAAUGCGACCACUGUUGGAGUCGCAUACAGCCACUGACCAAGGACAGCAUCAUGAUGGACGAGACACAGCAGAACAGCAGAGACCUCGAUCUCUGUCUAUAACACAAGAUCAGGAAUAUGAGUCUGACGAGGAAGCAUCGGAUGAUCUCAGUUGUAAAUUACGACAUGAUUAUGUGGAAGACAGUAGUGAAAGUGGCCUUUCUCCAUUACCACCCCGACAGAAGAAGUCACAGAAAAACUUGACUGAUGAGGAGUUCAUGAGGAGACAGAUUCUGGAAAUGAGUGCAGAUGAGGAAGACACAGCAGAUGUUGAGGGCCACGUGAAGACAAAAAGGAGCCAUAAACACAGUGGAGAUCUAGGAAAAGAGAGACGUCGCCUGACGCAGCAAUCUAGCAGUUUUGAAGAAGAAACUAAAAGCACUGAUAGCUACAAGUCGGGGGAAGCAGAUGACAUGAUGGCCUCACAAGGUGGUCUGAGACGAUUUAAAACUAUUGAACUGAAUAAUACAAAUAGCUAUAAUCGUGACAUGGAACUCAGCACAGAUCAUGACCUCAGGGAGCCUGAGCUUGAGAUGGAAAGCCUUACUGGGUCACCUGAAGAAAGGUCAAGGGGAGAAUACUCAUCAACCCUCCCUGCAACCACACCAAGUUAUACCUCUGGAACUUCUCCAACCUCUGUGUCAUCAAUGGAAGAUGACAGUGAUAGCAGUCCAAGUAGACGACAAAGGCUUGAGGAAGCAAAGCAGCAAAGAAAAGCAAGACAUAGAUCACAUGGUCCACUACUGCCCACCAUUGAGGACUCCUCUGAAGAAGAUGAGUUGCGAGAAGAAGAGGAACUUCUGAGAGAGCAGGAGAAGAUGAGAGACUUAGAGCAGCAAAGGAUUCGCAGUACAGCCAGAAAAACUAAAAGGGACAAAGAGGAGCUGAGGGCUCAGAGACGCAGAGAGAGGUCGAAGACACCUCCUAGUAACCUUUCACCGAUUGAAGAUGCAUCACCAACAGAGGAACUCAGACAAGCUGCUGAAAUGGAAGAACUACAUAGAUCAUCCUGCUCAGAAUACUCUCCCUCCAUGGAUUCAGAAGCUGAAGGUUUUGAAAUGGGUUCAAAGCUGUACAAGUCUGGCAGUGAAUAUAAUCUACCUACAUUCAUGUCUUUGUACUCUCCAACAGAGAAAACCUCUGCUGUCUCUCCAUCUGCAGCAGAGAAAUCGUUAAAAAGUGCUGAAGAGGUUUAUGAGGAAAUGAUGCGAAAAGCAGAGAUGAUGCAAAAGCAGCAGCAACGUACACCAGGAAGACAAGGACAACAAAACCAGGAAAGAGUACUUCAAACUGACAAGAAACAUCAUUUAGAUUCUGGAACUUCUUUGAGUCCAGGUACAAGUCCUACCCAGAUCUCAGCUCCAGUUUCAUUCUCUGGAAAUGAUCCUUCAGGAAGAGGGACACAAAGAGUGCAUGCUACUCAACAAAGUCAAGUUAGAAUAAGCAACCAAACCUCCAAAGGAAGCAAUGCUACUGGCUCCCAACAAUCUCAAGUUAGGCAGCCUGCUCCCACACAGCCUCAAGGAAGACCUGGUGUUCAGGGGAAAGUACAGGGUCAAGUGCCUGAUCCUGGAGCACCCUCCUUAACAUCAAAGAUGUUCUCAUAUCUUAAAGGCUCAAGUCCUUCCACAUCCCCUUCCACUUCUCCCACACAAAGUCCAACGCGUGCCCCUGCACCUUGUACAACUUCUACAGUGGCACCUACUCAGACCUCUCAGAUCCCUCAUAGGGCUGGGGCACCACGUCUUUCAAGACAGCAGUCCUCCCAAGAUUCCCCUGUUAUGGUGAUUACAUUGGGAUCAGGAACUAGCACUCAAACCAAACCAGUGACAGUGAAUUCCUCCACCUCACCUUUAUCUUCACCAACUAAAGACAGUCAACAGACAAUAUAUCAGACUCAACACGCAACAGCAAAGUCACCCACAUCACCACAGAAAUAUCCAGUUCACCCUUCGCCUCAACAUAGCUUGCAAAGGACACAGAUAUCAGAAAGAGUUAGCGUGGCUGUGAGCACUGCCACCGCUGCUGGUUCCCAAAGUAGUGGAUCUCUUCCAGUGGGAAACAUAUCUUUGUGCAGAAUCUCCACAGUACCUGGUACCUCAAGAGUUGUAGAGCAAAGCACAGUUGGUCCAGGUAGUAAUAUAGUGGAUCUUAGGGCACCAAUGAAGCCUGCCCCAAUUAUCAUGACAGACCAGGGUAUGGACUUAACAUCCCUAGCUUCUGAUACACGCCGAUACUCACUUGAUGCAGAAACACCACAAAACCGUCAUACUGCUGUACAGCCUCUUAUUAUGAAUCUAAAUGCACAGGCACAACCUCAGGUGUCAACAACUACACCAACAACUGUAAGUGUGACUGUGGCAGCAUCCAUGUUCAUAUCACAGCCAAAACAACCAGUCAUUUAUGGAGAUCCUUUACAGAAUAGAGUCGACUUUGGUCAAGGAGUUGGAUCUGCAGUCUGUCUGACCCAGACCAGGCCAGUUAUCACAGAUCCAGCCAUUCCAAAAAUUGAUGCUUGUCUGGAAAAUUUAGGCAUUCAACAGCAGCAACUUCAGAAGCAGCAACAGAAGCUUCAGCAGCAACAAGAGCUCCUUGAGCAACAGCUCCAGCAGCAUCAACAAAAUGCAUCUUUUGCUCGGUAUAACUUAGCUAAUCAAGUACAGCCAAUAUUGUUAAAGAAAGACUUGGUGGUUAGCCAGAACACUGGCGGAGGGACCCAAACAGCAGUUAGCUCUAUUCCCAAGAUAUCUCCGCUACCUCCACCAGCAUUAUCAUGCUCUGCAUCUACCACCCCUACACUUGGCCAUGACAUAUAUGGUGGGGUGGCUUUGGAAUUAAAGAAUAAGCCUGCUGUAAUGAAUCUCUCCACAGGAAAGCCCCAGGUAAUGAUGGUGCAGUUGGAUGAAAAUAACACUCAAGGAGGUACAGUGACCCAGCUUGUUAAAAGAGAGGAGCCAACUCCACCAGUAGAAGUUCUAGAUCUCACUGGACAGAUUAAACCAGAGAAUCAGUUAGCUUGCUGUGACGUUGUCUACAAUUUGCCAUUUGCAGGUAGUUGCUCAGGUUCUUUUGCUCAGAGAGGUAAAACAGCACCAUCAGAUCCUUCUGCAGAGCCCCCCCAAGCGCCUGGGCAGCAAAGCCAACCUGGAAAAGAUGGCUACCAAUCAGCAAACAUACAAGCAUCCACAGAUGAGCGCAAAUCUUUUACCUUGCCUCCUCCAGGACGACUUCCACCAUCAAUGUCAGACAACAAUUUAGCAGGUUCAAGUCUCCAAUAUUAUCAGAGGACUGACCCUGGAGACCUAGCAGUCGAUUUAAGCACCAUGAAGCAGGCCUAUGAGGCAGGUUAUCUUGGAAUGGGUGCCCAAUAUGGAUCUUACACAGAUUUGCGUCAUCAAGGAGGUGAUUCAGCUCCUCCAUUACCGUUGUGAAGAUAUGGCUCAAUGUCCAAUAUAAAUGCAGAGUAUAGUUAUCUUUCACGUGAUCUUGGUAAUUUUCAAGAGUCUAAUCUUGCACAGUAUAGUGCCACCACAGCCAGAGAGAUUAGCAGAAUGUGUGCUGCUCUUAACUCCAUGGAGCAGUUUGGUAGCCGAUAUACCAGUAAUCCUGAGCUUCUGCAGUACGGUGCUGGGAGAGGAGGCCCUGCAGGAAGACUUAAUCUUCAGCAAGGCCUAGCAUCUAUUAGAGCCAAUCUCUUGUAUGGUCCUGAUGGCAGACCAACAGUACAUGGUCAGACACUUACAAAUUUAAUUAAUGCUAGACAAGCUAGCCUAAGGUCUUUGUAUCCCCCUGCUGUAAGGACAGCUGAUGGCAUGAUAUAUUCUACCAUCAACACACCAAUAGCCUCCACCCUGCCAAUUACCACCCAGCCUGCCCCUGUUCUCAAUCCUAUGUUAAGAGGAGCAUAUGGAUCUUACCCUUCAGCCAGUGUAACUGCUGUACCUCUGGCUAGCCUCACCAGGUUGCCUCAAGUAACCCCAAGAAUGCCUCUUAAUGCCCAAGGACCUUACAGAUAUCCUCCUCCAAAUCGAUUUUCAGUAACAGCUCCAGAUACUUCAUCAGGAAGUGUGCCGACAACUAGUACAUCCCAGGAAGCUCCAGUUUACCUGGGAAAGCCUACAGUACCUGGUAGUAUGUCAACAACUGCAUCACCUAAAACUGGUCAACCUAUUUCAAAUUUGGGUAUGCAAGGUGUACAGCCAGCGCAUACUAGUACAGUGCCAGUUCAAUCAGUUGGAAAUGAACAGGCUCCCUUGUCUCAUAUUUCAGUAGAAGGUACUACAGCACAACUACCAAUACAGCCCCAGACUCAACCACAGUCAUUGGUGAAAGGUCAGGAACAAACUCAAAGCCAGCCACAACCUCAAAAAUUGACAGUGCCACAAAAACAGUCCCAGGCAAUUACUAGAGUUUUUCCAGAUGCAUCUGCCAGUACCACUAUAACCACAUCUGCUAAUAUUGAGAGGGAAAAAGAAGAGGAACGGUUGCGACUACAACAGGAGCAGCUCUUACAGCUAGAGCGAGAACGUGUUGAGUUAGAGAAACUGCGUCAGCUACGUUUACAAGAAGAGUUGGAGAGGGACCGCAUGGAACUCCAGAGGCACAGAGAGAAAGAACAUCUGCUCAUGCAGCGGGAGAUACAAGAGCUACAGACCAUCAAGCAGCAGGUUCUUCAGCAGCAACAAGCUGAAAGGGAAACCCAGCUUGUGAUGCAAAGAGAGCAGUUGGCACAGCAAAGGAUGCAGCUUGACCAAAUUCAGUCCCUACAGCAGCAACUCCAGCAGCAGCUUGAAGACCAAAAGAGGCAGAAAACAGCAGCAAUUGAAGCAGCAGCAGCAGCUGCAGCAGCAGAUGCCGCAGCUGCUUCUGCGGCGGCUGCAGCAGCAGCUACAACAGCUCAAGGGGCUAUUCAAGGUGUAAUGGUUGGUGGAACGACACCUCAAACUAUUUCCAUUAUCUAUGAUCAGAGUGGUAGAAUUAUUCCACAAGAGGGCCAGAGUGUGCAGAUCUUGCCAUGUGCUGAUGGGCAGGUGGUCCAGGCUGUGGUGUCCACUAGGCCUCUGCCCAGCUCUUCUUCAGAGAUGUCACUUAAAAAUAGUGAAGAUCAGGGAGAUGUUCGGAUUAUGAAGAAACAAAACUCUAUGCCUCGUUUGAGGAAUGGGUCAGAGGAUGAGUCAUGCAAAAGAAUUGCAGAUUGCAGUGUCCAAACUGAUGAUGAAGACACAGAGGAUAAACUUAUGUCUCGUCGUCGUAGAACUAGACGUAUUGCUGACUGCAGCGUUCAGACAGAUGAAGAAGACCAGGGUGAGUGGGACAGUCAGCCAAUACGGCGCAGACGUUCAAGGUAUUCUAAGCACUCUGAACCAACUGCAGAGACUAAGAGUGAUGCAUCUAAAUCUAGCAUUGCCAUUCAGACCUCCAUUGACUCUUCAUGUCAGACUGAGUCAGAUCAGUUGGGUAGAAUCUCUCCAGCCAUCCACAUUACCAUGGCUGAAACAUCAAAGGUUGAACUACUUCACUACAUAUCUGCUCCAGAAAGAACCCAUAAGGGAGAGAGUUUAGCCUGUCAAACUGAUCCAGAGGCACAAUCCCAAGGAGUUGUUGCUCCUCAGCUUAGUGUUCCCACUACCGUUAGUCCCUAUUCCACUAGUCUGCAAUUAGUUGGUGCCAUGCCAACCAAGUUUGAAAGGAGAAAGCCAGACCCAUUAGAUAUUGGAUAUCAGCAAGCACAGCAGCACAAUGAAUCUCCUUCCCGUCAACCUCCCAAAUCUCCACAAGUGCUGUAUUCUCCAGUGUCUCCAUUGUCUCCCCAUCGUAUGUUGGAGACUACUUUUACUUCCAGCGAGAAGCUUAACAAGGCACAUGUGACUCCCCAACAAAAAGCCUUCACUGCAGAGUCACCACAAAGGCAUCAGACUAUUCCAAGGCCCAUAAAGAGUGUUCAGCGGUCCAUGUCAGAUCCUAAGCCUCUCAGUCCAACAUCAGAAGACCCAGCCAAGACCAAAUUCUCCUUAUACCAAAGUCAAACUAGCCCAGCAAGCCAGAUAUCUGCCAUGCAGCAGCAGAACGCAAUGAUGAGAAAGGUGAAGAGAACUCUCCCCAGUCCCCCUCCAGAUGAGACACCUGUACCGAUUGUAACACCAGCAAUUCCUCAUAUAUACACUUCUCCCGGAGCGUCCCAGAGGGUUUUGCCACGUCCUGUACAAGGUGCAACGAAGGCUGGCUUGCUGAGUGAACUGAAAGCCGUAGAGCAAGAAUCCACCAAAUUACGUAAACAACAGGCAGAAUUAGAGGAAGAGGAAAAGGAGAUUGAUGCUAAGUUGCGAUGCUUGGAACUGGGCAUCACUCAGCGCAAAGAAACCAGGGUUAAAGAGAGAGAGAGACGAGAGUUUGCAUACCUGCGAUGCAUGGGGGAUGCACGUGACUAUAUGUCAGACAGUGAGUUGAAUAAUUUGCGACUAGCUGGGGUAGCAACAGGCACCUAUGAAGAAAAUGGAAUGUUGUCACGGCCAAGUACAGCCCCUCUUAAUCAGUUUACUACUGACUUGAAUGUAUCUCAGUACCCUCCUACAUCCACAUAUGUUCCAUAUCAGUAUCCACAGGCCCAGCCCACACCCACACAACCACCCACUGCCGCCUAUCAGCAGAUUGGGUUUCAGACAACACCUUACCCAACCUCCUCACAGCCCCAGCCUGGAACUUUUCAACCUCAUCCUCCUCAACCGUCAUCAUAUCAGAGCCCAGGGCCAUACCAGACACAUAGUUAUGGUCAGCCUACUUAUGAGUCUGAUCUUGGUUUGCAGCAGCCCAGUCACCAGGGAUUCCAACCACCUCCUGCACCUUUACCAGGGCAGACCCUACCUUAUCCUGCACAGAGCAUUUCCUUCCAACCCCAUGCAGACAUGCUUUCUGCUCAUCAAAGGCCAAGGCAAACCUCUCUUGCUGAUCUUGAACAGAAGCUACCCACAAACUAUGAAGUUAUCAGUAAUCCUUCAGUUCCAAUAGCAACAUCAGCACAAGAAACUGGAUUUAGUGGUGUCUAUUCUUCACCCCUGAACAAUGCUUAUGGCCAAUAUCGCCCCUCUGACCAACCUCUGACUGAACGUAUCCCAAGUCCAUCAUCAGGAUAUGUAACAGAUGGUGUCUAUGCCACAAAUCUAGAACAAAAUAUCCCCAGAAAUUAUGUAAUGAUUGAUGAUAUCAGUGAACUUACAAAAGAAAACAUGGGGUCUGCUGACAUGUCACGGGUAGGUUAUGGAAGUGAGAAUGGCCCACGUGGACCAACUUAUGGCAAUGGCUCUGAGAAUUUAUAUGGAAGAGCUUCAAAUACUUAUCAAAGUGCAGUAGACAGCCAUGGACAUUCAAGCACCACUGUAAGUGGUGGUACAGGCUAUUAUUAUGAUGACUAUAAGCAUUCAUCCCGUAGCAGUGGGGGAAUGGGAAGCCAAAAACACUCAUCCAAAAAUUUGGCACCUGCUGUUUCAUCCAAACGUAGCAAACAUAGGAAGCAAGGAAUGGAGCAAAAGAUAUCCAAGUUCUCUCCAAUUGAAGAAGCUCGAGAUGUAGAGUCUGAUCUAGCCUCCUACACCAUGACAACAUCAACAGGUGGUAGUUGCACUGUGGUGUCCAGGACUGGCGUGAAAAAGAGUUAUGACCAACAGAAGUACUAUGGAUCAAGAGAGGCUUUGGAAGAGGAUGAUCGUCUUUAUGGAUCCGGACGAUCAAGAUCAACAGGUUAUGGCAUGGAUAAAAUUUCCUCCAGAGAUUCAAGUGGUUACCGAAGUAAGUCUUAUGAGAGGGACGCCAUGGAAAGAUCACAGAGGGGCACACAUGGUCGUAGUGGCCGUCCUUCUAUGCGUACACAGAACUCAGAGGAAGAGAGUCCCUUGAGUCCUGUUGGAAAGCCCAUGGGAAUUGGUCGUGGCUCUGUGCCAGAUCCCCAUGAUGUACGGAAUCAGUAUGGCUCCAGUCAUUCUUUACCAGAUGUACAGGACCACCAUAUAAGGGAUAUGCCUAAGAGUCAUGUAUACAAGCCAGAUGACCCUUACCUUGCAGAUGACAUGCACUGUGCUGUUUCAGACAGUGAAGCCUAUCAUUUGGGACAGGAGGAGACAGACUGGUUUGAAAAACCACGUGAACCACGUUCAGAUCGCUCUAGACACCAUGGGAGUGGAAGUCACUCAUCCUCUAGCAGGAGGAGCAAUGUAAAGCACACUUACCAUGAUUAUGAUGAGCCUCCUGAAGAAGAUCUGUGGCCUCAAGAUGAGUAUGGACAUCAACGACAUUCCUCUUCCACCUCAUCUCGAGAACACCGUCACCAUGGCAGCAGUUCAGGAAGACACUCUUCUUCCCGUCAUUCAUCAGAUGAUCCCAGGUCAUCUCGUUCUUCACGAUCACAUCCAAAAGAUCCUUCCAACCGCACAGACGGCCGUGUCACUUCAUCCUCCACACAGAAAAGAUCCUCCGAUCCACGAUCUGCAAGCCACCGAGACUCCGGUGACUACUCACGUGACCCAUCAAGCCACCACCAUGGCUCAAGUGGACAACGGGGGCAAAGGCAGCCAGGCUCAUCGAGAAGGCAGGAGCCCUCUUCAGGUUCCAGGCCACAGCAGGGUCUUGGAGAGCAGCAGCCACAAUUGCAGCAAGGACAGCAGCGAUCUACAGCAGGCCAGCAAAUGUCUGCCAAACAAACAGGGCCUCAGCCACCUGAGACAGGGCAGCAAGGACAACAGCAACUGGGACAAACAACUCGAACACAGCAGCAGCCACCACAACAACCCGGGCAACAGCCAGCAACCACAAUAGGAGCAACUCAGUCCACAACCACAGCUGCUAGCAUGGGAACAGGUACAACUCAGCAACAAUCUAAGCCAGGUCAGGCUCCAGCACAGGCAAGACAACAGCCAGGAGGACCACCCACUGCCCAGCCAGCUGCUGCUAUGACAAAACCUGACACAGCAGCGCCUGCCCCUGCACCUACUCCUGCAGUUGCAAUUGGAUCAAAAGCUGCACCACAGGCUGCAAAAACACCCCAGAUUCCUGCCACGGGAAUUGGUUCAAAGGCAGCACCCCGGCCAGGGGGCAUAGGCAGUGCUGCACAACAGCCUGCCGAAGGGGAAAAUGUUCUUACAAAGAUCCUGCAGGGAGGAGCAGCAGAGCAAGCUGGAAAAUUAGGAGAUGCUGUAUCUGCUCUUGGGAAGAAGUUUACUUCAUUUUGGUGAUCAGCUGAUAGGAAGGCAUUAGUUGGGGAGACUUGGAGUUAGAACUGGAAAAACCUAUGAAUCUACAUCUGCAAUUAAACAUCUCUAGCUGAGGGCGGGGUACACCUGAGGAUACUGAUGUAUCAUCCAACCUUGAAGUUUCAAUGAAAACAUUAAGACAGAAUUCACAGGCACGGUCUAUCCGAUGAUAUCUGCGUAACCAAACCAACGUGGAGGCUAAACCUCUCCCAGAGUGUUUCCAUAGUUCCAUAGUUUCCCAAAACGCCAAACUGCCUGUUCCGUUUCAGGUUUUCACCUUUCAGGUUCCCUCGACAUAAUCUGGGCUCAGGUGACCCUCCCUUAUCUAACAGCAUGAAGAUGUCAGGCAGCUGCAGUUCUUAGCUUUUUGCAGUCCUAAGGAAGACUUCUAUGCCCAGACUCGAAGAGACCGUAGCAGAGAAGGAGAGCGAAAUACCUUACAAAGGCUUCAAACAAACUCUGUUUAAAAGUGUAUGCUCGAUUUCUAAGAUCUUGACAUUCCAAUAUGGCGAUGAUUGACCCUCUCUAUGAAUGUUUUUGUUUCUUCCUUAACCUUUUUGUCACGUGUGUAAUGAAUGCAAAUGUGUAAACCGUGGACAUGGAAUGCACGCACAAAAAAUAUAUAUGUAUACAUAUAUGAGAUAUAUAUGAAUCCAUAUCUAGACAACUUUCAGAGUUCUAAGGGUGAAGCCAUGUGCACCUUGUGUAAAAAGCUGGUUAUUUAACGUAAAACUAUCGGUCAAGUGCAGAGGUCAGUAAAAUUCAGAAUGUUAGCAUAGUCUUGCUCGUCUUUUAUCAACCAUUAAGCCAUUGCUACCCUAUUCCAGAUAUUUUUAUUUUAUUUAUUUAUUCAUUUAUUUGCUUUAGCUUGUUAUCAGUUUUGCCUAAUUUUCUUUUAAAUUAAGAGCCUUACUAAUAUUUUUUACUUGUAUACCUCACAUAUUUUUUUAAAAGUUCCAUAUCAUCCUUACUUGAUUUAUUUUGCACAACUGUAUACUGCUGAACAUGUACAUAUCUCUCGUUAACACUGCUAAUGUAAGAUAUUGAUUUGUGUAUUUAUGGAUUUAUAAUUCUGGUAUUUCUUUGUUUAAUGUUUGGUAUUAUUAUUUAUACCUUCACAUAUAUUUUUUGUCAUUGAUAAUCUAAACUGUUUAUAAUAUACAUAGUUGUUUUUUUUGUUUUUUUUCUCCCUGAAGCAAUAGCAUGCUAAUCCACACAGAGCAUCAUUUCUUUGCUGAAAGUGAUCCGCAAGCGUUCAAGUUCCUCAUCACAGAUCUGAUUGUCGUACAUAUACAGGUAAAAAAAAAUACGUUUCUACGAACCCCAAACAAAACUGCACCAUCACCCUCUCGCGCAUCCAGAAGUUCCCAAAAACACAUUUAUCGGUACGUAGAUCCGCCUAGGAAAAAAUUUUUGAACCAAUUUCAAAUGUUCUAUGCAAUAAUCCAUGUUAAACCAUUCCCACCGCAUCGUCCCUCACCGAUACUGCAUUACGAUGGGUUCAACUACGACUAGGGACCGUUUGUAUUUACCUUGUAUGUAUGAAAAUAUCAAACUACUUUCUUUUUAUUUUAAUGGCAUGUUUAUGAAAGCUCUCGUCUUCCCUAGUUUUCAGGGAAUCUGUUGCCAAAGGGUUAACUGUGUGGACUGUUGGUCUCGGACAUCCACCAUCUCUGUUGCUUGCAGCAUGAUUCUGCUCAGCUCUCUUUGGCUCCUUGUAGUGCUGUUAUUCGGUCUUCGUGUCUGCAGUUUGAUCAGGUGACAAGUCGGGCACACAGCUUAUGCACUCGUUAUUUCGUCUCCUUCAACGGAAAAUGUCGUUUCACAUCCGUCUUCGGUCGCAAAUGUUAUCGCGUCCGCACCGAAUUCACAUGAAGUUCACAGUAAGGUCGUUGUGCAUUGUAUAGCCUAUCUGUGACGCUUGAGAUGAAAAACAAACGAAAGACGCGUGAACGUGUACAUUUGACGAUGUCUUCGCGGUCGAAACUAUGCUUCGGAGAAGAUUCAAGUAAGCAGACUUGCCGUAAACGUGAUCGUUGUACAGUAUGUAGCAUGAAUUCAUCUCCAUGCCAUUUAUAUGAAAAUCAGGGCAUGCACGUGGAAAGCACAAACUGUCCAUCACCAUUCGAGUUAGGUAGGAUGCACUCGUUUGAAUGCGCCACGAGGUGCGUUGAUUAGAGGUGAAUCUUUUCCUUUUGAUACAGGAAUGCUUUUUAGGCAAUCAUGCGUCUAUACUGAAGAAUAAUAACUCUUCUACAUCACUGUUACCAUGGAGAUAUUCAAUAACAAGUGCAUGAGCCAAAGUUGCCACCACAAAAAGCCGGCCACAGUGAUAGAUAGAAAUACUCAAACAUGGACAUAUCCACACAUACAGGCAUGUGCACGCACACACACCCACCUACACAGUUACACACGCACGCACACACACACACACACACACACACACACACACACACAAACUGUCGCUGUAAAUACUGACUUUGGUUAUUUUGUACAGUGUUUAAAUAUCAUGAGUAAAAUGAUGGCCGUCUUGUGCAACUUCACGCCGGCCUUGCUGCCAACCUUUUGUGCUUUUGUGUAUAAAAGAAUAAUGAUGAUUGUUGUUAUUAUUAUGAGAAAAAAAUUAUCAUAGUACAUGUUGCUGGCUCUCAAUGACUGUUGACUACAGUGGAAAAAAUGAAAAACGUACAAUCUGAAAUCAUUUGGUCUGUGUAGGGGUUCUAUAUUGUGUUUAUUAAAUCUAAAUACAAUGAAAAAUACGUAAGUGGCUUCCAUCACGACCGCGCCAGAAAAGAGGGUUCAGAGUGAUUUAGCGGCUGUAUUAUAAAUUUAAUCGGGAAUUGGGAAAAACAACACGGGAAAAAAAAGAAGAAAAAUGCUCUCACGAAUGAAAAUUCACUCACUGUUGUAAGUGCAAUGGGCUAAAUGUGAGUCCAGUAUUCAUUGUGAAAUAUUGUGUUCUUUUCAAUGUAUUCCUGUUAAAAAGAUAAAUUUUGGUGCAUCAUGUCAUGUAAUGUGAUUAUGAAAAUAAUGAACCUGCAAUUUGUUUCCAGACUGGAGAAGAAUAAAGACAAAAAAUUCAAAUUUA